AUGGCAGGAAGCAUGGCAGUGUGCCAAGCAUUCUACAACUUGAUCCACAGAGUUCCAAACCAGCCGAGGCUACACAGUAAGAUCCCAUCAAAGCAAAAUGAAAUUUCCUACUCAUGUGGUCUUUGUGAUUUCUACCUUGGUGUAUGUGGCCAGGGCCAAAAGGUACAGAAGGCGAUGAUGCAGUCCAUCGACCUCAUCUUCAGAUACUUGCAAAAUAGAUCUCGAAUUCAGGAAUGGCUGACUGAGCAGGCGAGAAUGAGGAUAGAGGAUUGUAUCAUUAACUUUGAUGAGCACAGGAAACUCAUAGUAGAUGAUGCAAAAGACAAUCAUUCUCAGACAAAGUCAAGAAAACAUCUGAGUUGGACCAUGCUCAAAGGAGAUAGCAUUACUCUAAUCUAGCGUUUCCAACUAGAAAUGGCCAAGCAGAGGAGAAGCUGAGAAGGCAGUUCAGGGUUUUCCAAGGUAUCUUUGACAGGGAGCACAGUCUGCUACAUUUGUUCAUAUUGUUUUAGUGGCCCAUUGUCAGGUGACAAUAGAUGC